UUUUCGGUAUUUGCCCUUCUCAAUAAUGUCUGCCGGAGCCUUUGGGCUUUGAAUUGCGCGACCGUGACGUAACUGAAAGCGCCAGAGAGUGUAGUUAUUAGUGGAACACGCUGUUUCCGCUUCAUAAGUAGGACAGACCGCACUGUAUGGAACAGUUACUGUGGACUCCUACUGGACACCAUGUCAUCCGAGGCUAUAGUGGAGAAUAACAAGACCAAUCUAGAAUCUAACGAUGAGGGAAGCUUGGCAACAAACGUUGUUGAUAAUGAAGACACACAGGGGACAGAGGAAUGUACAACACCAAAUGUGGUGUCGAAGCGUCAAAUGAAGAAACUGUUAAAACAAAAACAGUGGGAAGACCAGAGGGAUUUGAGAAAGCAAAAGCGGAAAGAAAAAAGACAAAAGAGGAAACUGGAGCGUCAGGCGCAACAGGAGCAACUUGUCGAUAGUAACAGCAGAAAACGAAUCCGCAGGGAAAUUCAACCCAGCACUAUUCGACUUGUUAUUGACUGCAGCUUCGAUCAUUUGAUGGCAUUAAGGGAUAUAAAAAAGCUGAACAAGCAAAUCCGGCGGUGCUAUGCAGAAAAUCGUCGUGCAACACAUCCUUCUCAGCUCUAUUUAACCAGUCAUGGUGGACAACUGAAGAGUAACAUGGAUGAAUAUGAUAAAGGAUGGCUUAACUGGAAGGAUAUCCAUAUUAAACCUGAGCAUUUCAAAGAUCUCAUGAAGGCUGAAGACUUAGUUUACCUUACUUCUGAUUCCCCCAAUGUUCUCAGUGAGCUUGACGAGACUAAAGCUUACAUUAUUGGCGGUCUGGUAGAUCAUAAUCAUCACAAGGGGAUUACAUACAAGCAGGCACUGGAUCUUGGAAUCAGCCAUGCGCAGCUUCCCCUUUCAAGCUUUGUGAAAAUGAAUAGUCGAAAAGUAUUGGCAGUGAAUCACGUUUUUGAGAUCAUGCUUGCUUUCCUGGAAAAGAGAAACUGGAAAGAGGCCUUUUUUUGUGUUCUACCUCAGAGAAAGGGAGCAGUUCCACUCAAUGAAAAUGGUAAUACCCCUGCUGAUCCAUCGCCUGACCAAGAAGACGAGGAGGAACUGCAUAGUGACUCAAGUUUGGAAGAAAAUGAUCCAACUACGGAAGAUAUCAACCCAGAAAAUGAAAAAAGCUGACUUGACUAUGAACUAAUCUGAUUGUGUAUUUAUUUCCAUUGUAGGAUCAGGAUUGAUUCCUUGAAAGCUUUGUGUACUACAAACAACAUUUAAAAUGGCUGCCCAUUUGUUUGAAGACGAUACAAUACUUUGCAGCCUUCUUAAAGACUAAUAUGUUAGCUUUUUUAUGAGUACAUUUUUUUUAAAUAUACAAAUUUAUAUAAUUUAACAUUUGUUUUGUUUU